AAAAGGCUUUAUCAGUAUUAUCAUGCUGACUAGUGACGGGUGACGACUUAUGAAAUGAUGACUACAUAAAAAAAAAAUUUAAAAACCCUUCAAGAGUUAUGGAGUAUUGAAAUUUGAACUUUGAAGUGAUUUAAUAGAUGUGAACCAUGGGCAUUCGUUUUUUUGGACCAAUAACACUCAUGAAAAUCACGAGCAGAAUGAAGCCUAUGUACAUUGCAGGACCAUCGUGAAGUUUUAUAAUAUAUAUACUUAAAUUUUUAUUUCAUUAUUUUAUUAUAUUGAUGAUAUAAGAUUCUAUAAUAAUCAUGAGGUGUUUAGCUCUGAAGUUAUUCCAAAGCAAUGGGGUAAUGUACAAAUAUUAUUCUGUGAUCUUUAUAUUUUUGUUUGGAGCACUGUCAAGUAUUGUUUUUAAUAAAUACUGGAACUACACUCUGUACGUUGAUGAUCAAACCAGACAUCUGAUUGUACGCCGCCCUUUUUCUAUUAUUGAUUUUGAUGAUCAUGAAUAUUUUGAUUCGAAUCAAGACGCCCACGAACUAAUCAUCAGAGAAACAGAUGUGCAUGUUGUGUCUGAUCAAGAUAAUGUGGAAGCGUUAAUGUCACUGAUUGCUGCCAACGAGAUGAAAUCAAUGGGUAAAGGUGAAAAAGCGUUAAAACUUAUCGAACAUGGUAUUGCACUUGCUCCAAAAAAUCCUGAUUUAUUAAAUGGUUAUGGUGAACUUAUUGAAACACUUCGAGAUGACAUUUUAACAGCCGAUCAGAUGUAUUAUCAGGCACUUAUAUAUAGUCCAAAACAUAAAGAAGCAUUAAUCAAUCGUAAAAGAACUCAAAUUAUUGUUGAUGAUUUGGAUUGGCAACAGCUCAAGCGUAUUGACGAAAAAAGAGAUAAAAUGGCUUUAAUAUCAGAUUCUAAUAUGGCUCUUAGAAGAGCAAAAAAAGAAGCAUAUUUUCAGCACAUUUAUCAUACUGUUGGCAUUGAAGGAAAUAGAAUGUCUUUAUCAGAAACUAGGUCUAUUUUAGAAACUAGAAUGGCCAUUGGUGGUAGAAGUAUUGCUGAACACAAUGAGAUAAUAGGUCUAGAAGCAGCUCUUAAGUACAUAAAUGCAACAUUAAUCAAUCGACUUGGUAAUAUAUCUGUUGAUGAUAUUUUGGAAAUUCAUAAACGAGUAAUGGGAUUCGUUGAUCCUUUAGAAAGUGGAGUUUUUCGUCAAACACAAGUAUUUGUUGGUGGCCAUGUUCCUCCGGGACCAUCUCAUAUUGGAACAUUAAUUGAAAAUUUUUCUUUAUGGCUCAAUUCUGAAUCUACUCUCAGACUGCAUCCUGUAAGAUUUGCAGCUCUGGCACAUUACAAAUUAGUACAUAUACAUCCAUUUACUGAUGGUAAUGGACGAACUUCACGUCUGCUGAUGAAUAUGAUUUUAAUGCAAGCUGGCUAUCCACCAGUUAUUAUACCAAAAGGAGAAAGACAUAAAUAUUAUCGAACUUUGGAAUUCGCAAAUAAAGGAGACAUUAGGCCAUUUUUGAGGUUUAUUGCUGAAUGCACUGAAAGAACAUUAAAUCAUUUUUUAUUGUCUACUACAACCGAAUUUUCAACUGACAUUCCAGAAUUAGAUUAUGAUAAUAUAAUUAUAAAUGAAUCUUAAUUUUGUCCUAAGUCUAAAAAUGUAUCAGUCACAAAAUUUAUUGAAAGUGAAAUUGGUGUAGUAUUGUAAAUAUAUACAAAAUUGUAUUUAUACUAAACAUUUAAGUCAAUUUUAUAUACAUUUUCUGAUGUAUAUUUUUAAUCUCAAUAUAACUAUGUAUAAAGUCUUUGAUGACUAUGUUAUUAAUUAAACCUAUACUCUAUCCAGCAAGAGAACGCGGGCCAAACAAAAUCAGUUUUUCUACGCAUCCCAAAACUUCACCUUGUUAUAUGGAAACCGGUUUUGAUAGCAGGGUAAUGCAAGAGGAUGCGCAGAAUUGGUGUAUUCUCUUGCUGGACAGAGUAUAGAACGUUAAAUAUAUUCCUCUUAUUAUUUAAUA